AUGAUUUGCGUUUUAGUAACUCCAUCGGAAAUUUGCGCACUACCAAUGAAAAAAGGUUAUUGUCUCCAAAACAAACCACGUUUCUAUUACAGUUCAGCUGAAAAAAAGUGUUUGCCAUUUACUUUUAAAGGUUGCGGUGGCAAUGAAAACAGAUUUCAUACGAAAGAACAAUGUGAAAAAUUUUGUAUGAAUACAACAACGACUGGGAAAAUUGAUCGCAAAGUGGUACCGAAUACAACAGUAGCCAGUAGAAGAAUAAAUGCAUCAACUACACGAAUCAUUUACAUAACAAAAUCACAAAGAAAAUAA